AUGUCUACCACGGUGGAGAAGAUCAAAGAGAUCGAGUCCGAAAUGGCUCGGACUCAAAAAAACAAAGCCACAUCCUACCACAUCGGCCAACUCAAAGCCAAACUCGCCAAGCUCAAGCGCGAGCUUCUCACCCCUUCAAGCAGUGGCGGCGGCGGCGGUGGUGCCGGCUUCGACGUGGCUCGCACCGGCGUGGCCUCGGUCGGAUUUAUCGGUUUCCCUUCCGUCGGCAAGAGUACGCUCAUGAGCCGGCUGACGGGCCAGCACUCGGAAGCGGCCGCCUACGAGUUCACGACGUUGACCAGUGUGCCCGGUCAGGUCACCUACAACGGUGCGCCGCUGCAGAUCAUUGACUUGCCCGGUAUCAUUGAGGGUGCCAAGGAUGGUCGUGGUCGUGGGCGGCAGGUUAUUGCGGUGGCUAAGACGUGUCAUUUGAUAUUUAUUGUUCUAGAUGUGAACAAGCCGCUGACGGAUAAGCGGGUGAUUGAGAGCGAGUUGGAGGGGUUUGGGAUCCGAAUUAAUAAGGAGCCGCCGAACAUCACGUUCAAGAAGAAGGAUAAAGGGGGGCUGAACAUCACCAGUACGGUGCCGUUGACACAUAUUGAUAAUGACGAGAUCAGGGCCGUCAUGAGCGAAUACAAGAUCAGCUCGGCUGACAUUGCCAUCCGCUGUGACGCCACGAUCGACGACUUGAUUGAUAUCCUCGAAGCGAAAAGCCGGAGCUACAUCCCCGUCAUCUACGUGCUCAACAAGAUCGACAGCAUCAGUAUCGAGGAGCUGGACUUACUCUACCGCAUUCCGAACUCGGUGCCCAUCAGCUCCGAGCACGGAUGGAACGUUGACGAGUUGAUGGAGGCCAUGUGGGACAAGUUGAAUCUUGUUCGGGUGUACACGAAGCCCAAGGGAAAGAUGCCCGACUAUUCGGCCCCCGUGGUGCUCCGCUCCACCAAGUGCACGGUGGAAGACUUUUGUAACGCCAUUCACCGAAGUAUCACCGAGCAGUUCAAGUCGGCCGUUGUCUACGGCAAAUCGGUUAAGCAUCAGCCGCAACGGGUCGGUUUGGGCCACGAGUUGGCGGAUGAGGAUAUUGUGACGAUCAUCAAGCGCUAA